UCUGUGCUUGCUGUUUUUCAGAAGAAUGAGUACUUGUUCGCUGUGGUGAAGGAGGAUGUCAAUCAACUCCUGCUUGGCAUGCGUUUCUCUAAAGAGAAAGUGCAUCUCAUCUAUCAGGGCUCAAUGGGGAGGGAGCGUCUCAGCUUUAAAAGAAUCCGCCUGGCGGACAACCGCUGGCACAGCAUGGUGUUAGCCGUCAGUGGUCACCAUGCCACUCUCACCCUGGACUGCGGCAUCCCACUGGAACUGAUCCAUAAACAGCCAUUUCCCUCUGAUCUCAGCACUGAUGGCUCUAGAUUUCACAUUGGAAGUCGAAGGAAGUGGAAAGGCCUGUUCUCUGGUUUACUGCGGCAGCUCGUCCUUUUGCCUGGAUCAGACGCAACGCCACAUGUUUGUCCUUCUUUCAAACCAUCAUUGGUUGAGCUUUCCAUCCCUACAAUCCUGUCAAACUUGCCAGUGAAAUCCCAACUGAACGACGUCCUGCUUCCUCCAUACGAGACGGAGGUCCGUGUGACUCUGGGGUCUAAACCAGCAUGCACUUCGGCAGAGGAGGGACAACUCUGGUUUGACACUCUUAAAAGAGGCCUUUUCCUAUGUGAUGGUGCAUACUGGCACUCUAUGCUGCAAGAGAAAGACAGACUAGACUAUGUAGAUGAUUACCAGGACCUCUACACCACCUCAGAGACGCUGGACAUUGAGCUCUUCCAGAUUCCCUCUGUUGGGCUGUUUGCUGCUAUGGCUCAUCGGGCCAACAAACCAGGUUCUGCCAUCUACCGCUGGAACCAUGGCCAAUUCCAGCUCUACCAGAACAUCAGCACCUUUAAGGCCCAGGCAUGGAAGCAAUUCACUAUAGGGAGGAAGAUGUUCUUGGCGGUGUCGAACUCCGUGGGCCCAGCGGACGGAGAGCGAGAGCUGUCUGUGAUCUAUAGGUGGAGUAAUAAGAGGAUGAAGUUUGUGCGUUAUCAGACCCUGGAGACGCACAGCGCUCGUGACUGGGAGGCCUUUCAUAUUAAUAAUGAAGCUUUUUUAGCUGUGGCUAAUCACCGAACAGAGAAUGGCAAUCACAACAUUGACAGCGUUGUUUAUAAGUGGAACCCAGGCACUAAGACAUUUGAGAUAAACCAAACCAUCUCGACAUCAGGAGCUUAUGACUGGGAGUUUUUCACCGUUGGGCCCUACCACUUCCUAGCAGUGGCCAAUGCAUUUGAUGGGACCUCCACCCAAACAGAUUCAUCCAUCUACAUCUGGCUUGGUGGAGCCUUUCAGCUUUUUCAGACUAUAAGGACAUUUGGGGCUACAGACUGGGAGAUGUUUCAGAUUGGAAACAGAGUCUUCCUAGUUCUUGCUAAUGGACACAUGCUGUGUGAGAGAGGACCAAGCCUCUAUACCAUCAACUCAACUAUAUAUGAACUUGAUAUGACAACCAAGAUGUUCCUCAAGUUCCAAGACAUUGUGACAUACAGUGCGGUGGACUGGGAAUUCUUUUCGGUUGGAGAUGAGCAUUUCUUAGUCGUAGCCAACUCUUAUGAUGGAUCGUCUUACUCUUUGAACAGCGUUAUAUACAGAUGGCAGGGAUAUGAGGGCUUUGUUCCUGUCCAUUGGUUACCCACUAUUGGAUGCAGUGACUGGGAGUUCUUUACCUCAGCUGAGGGUUCAUACCUGAUGUACUCCAGUGCCAAAGCACCUCUCUCCAAAGUCUUCAAGCUGAGGAUCCACUGAGGGCACAAACAAUAGUUCCGUUUUUGCUUAUUUUUAUCAUAUGCCACAGAAGUUGAUAGAACUGAAUCGUUCUCUUCUUCUCUUGACUUGAAGUCAAUCAAGCUGACAGUGGUGGAUUAUGGAGUUUGAUACUUCCUGAAAACUACCUCAGCUGUGUAAAAAGGACUGUCAAGAUGCAAGAUAAACUUUCACUGGUGAAUCUCACAAAUGUGUCCUUAAAUCACUGUUAAAAUGACAUUGCGGGAAAGACUAUUCUGUUUCAAGAAGUCAACAUCUGCACAUUUGACAUCCUGUGAAUACAGAAAGUGAAAUGAGGGCACAGAUCAUUUUAU